CAAGUAUUCUUACCUAAAGUUGUCGGUUGAGGGUUGACGUAAAAUGGGUAGAAUAAAUAAUUCUAACGCUGAUGGAACAGAAAGAACAUUAUCAACCACAGUCCAAAGGGGGAAAAGGAAAAGAGCACACAAGAGAUUUCAACUGGACACAUCACCAUUGAACAAAAAGGCAAAAAUAAGAUACGAUUCUCGUGAAAGCGUUUGGGAUGACGAGAAUCUAAGCAAGAUAAUAGAAUAUCUUAAAACGAAUGGAUUUCGCGGGGAAUAUGAAGAGGUCCGAAAAAUGUUCCCCGCCAAUUUGAUUUCAGAAACUGGCCUACGAGAAAUGUUCCACGAGCUGAGCAAGUGGUCAGAACCGGUCAAGGAAGAUACAAAAGAAAGUGACCCUCCUAAAAAACGAAGUGCCAUCAAACCAUCCCCCAUCGAAGAAUGGAUCACUAUGAUCAGGGACUGUAUCGAAGCUCAAAGACAUUCUACCGUUCCUGCACAAAUGCUCAAAUGGAUAGCUAUGUUUGAAGAGCACCCUGACCCAGCAUCGUGUUGUGAAGUAGAUUACAAGGCUAUUUACAUGUACAUAUCUUCACUUCUUGACGGCCAUAUUCCUAAGCAACUGAACCCUCAAAGUGCUUUGAAACUAGUUUCUUUAUAUGAUGAUUUGGUGAAGAUAGUCAGAGCAUCCGCGACUGAAUCGCAAGCAUUGAUAGUCAAAUCCGCCAAAUUAUCAAUCUGUAAUCAGAAGAUCACACGAGAUGAAAAGAACAAACUCCUCAGAAAUCGGCGACGAACAGAAUGGAGCGAGGAAGAGAAGAAACAAGCCAACAUUUUAAAAUCUGAUGAUUUAGACGAAAUCAAGAGAAUUUAUUGCGAAAACCGUGGCUUAAAUCCUUUUUCAUUUCCACCCGGCAUGUAGUUAUAUCCGCGCCGCUUCUCUAUGCAACUUGGUUCGAAAUUUACUCUGCGAUCCUCUAAAUCGGCGUGCCUUUUUAUCGUCGGGACAAGGUUCGUCCCCUGCGAUUGAUUGUCGUUUUCCACGACAGUCGUGUCUGAGAGCAUCCUUUCGAUUGUCUAAAUCGACUUUAGAUGCACGCGCCCUGAUCAUUUUGUUUUCGCUUCAAGCCAAACCGAUGCUUCUAAAAAUCUUUUUUUUCUUUUCGACUCUGGGAAGAGUUAAGAGUCAAGUAUGGCUAUCGUUUGGUCUUAUCGCCGUGGCACUUUGGUCGGAAGCUAUUAGCCCUCUGCGUCUUUCUAUCGGAUGACACUUAAUUUCAAAUGGCGCCGUUUUACUUCGAAGAUUAUGCUCCUUAAAUAUGGCGUUUACCCUGUUACAAGAUUGGCCAAUAUGGAUUGCGUCGCUUGGCGUGGACGCCAAGCGCCAAGCGCCACAACAGAUAGUCAAAAGAAUUCAAAAAUUAAAGAAGGGAAAGUGACUGUCCACUGAUAUACAGCUUCGAUAGAAAGCAAGGACGUGAACACGUACAUAACAAUGCAUAAAUCAUUCGCACAGGCUUUUAACAAAAUCUUCAGGCUAAGUUGGCAAUUCUCGAGGGACGCAAAUUCAACGAAUUCUGUUUAUAGUCUUCCCAAAUGAAGUAAAAUUAGAUAUCUAAACUGCCAAACGUCGGGGAUUUAACUACGUUGAAACGACGCUAUUAUGCGAACAGAUGAGCUGCGCAAAUGCAUUUUUGGAUGCCAUUAUGAAAACGUCUGCAACAGCAAAGAGGUCAGUAACACAAU